AGCUAAACCCGCCAUGAUGCUGUUAACGAAAACAAUUUCGCUCCUCUUGCUCCUCGUAAUCGGGGCGAGCGCUAGUGCUAGCUUCGCGCGCCAGGAGAGCGUCAGUGCGGAGAACGAAUCGGCCACCGCCUAUACGUCCACGACAGCGCCUGAAGCGUCUGGGACUACGGUCGUCACCUCGGAGCUAACCGCCGCGCGACUCGUGCAGACCAUCAUCGACGAAGCGCCCUACAUUGUCGAAGUGAGCCAGGAGGUGGUGUGGACGAUAACAACUACGAUCGCGCCAGAAGUGACGACGGAGGCCGCAACAUCAGUAGCUUAGGCUCCAUAGUCUUCAAUAUCGGUGUAUACCCGUAUAUUCAUUAUGAGGGUGAUGUGAACUA